UAUUCGUCAUGACGCUUUUGUGCUCAUCCGGGUCAGAAGGCGUCAGCAUGGACACGGGGGAUGUGCUUGCAUCUUUGGGGAUUGAGGGAGCCACCGCUGCUGCGCAUGCGCUCUCUCUUCCAGCAGAGGCUUAUGGAAAUGACGCCCAGUUGGAAGUAAUGUGGGCAAUGAAAGCCUACAACCAUGCAGAAAUUUACUUUAAUCUUAUUUCUGCAGUUGAUCCAAAAUUUCUAAAGCUAACUAAAUCAGACGACCAGAUCUACACUAAAUUUCGGGAAGCGUUUCCUGACCUCAGUAUUCAAGUUCUGGACCCAGAGCUGCUGAAGUCAGCAGAGGCUAAAGAGAAAUGGAGGCCCUUUUGUAACCAGUUUGAUGGUAUUGUAGAGGACUUCAAUUAUGGUACAUUAUUACGUAUUGACUGUCAAAAGGACUACACAGAAGAAAACACAAUAUUUGCCACCAGAAUCCAGUUUUACGCCGUUGAGAUUGCAAGAAACAGGGAAGGAUAUAAUGAUGCCGUCCACAAUGCCGCCACAAAAGCCAAACAACAGAAAAAAGAUCAGAGUUAAUCAUGCCAAUGACGUAAUGUGUCAAGUGGCCGCCUUAUUAUUAAAGAGACAUUUAUUACACAUUAUUAUUAUCAACAGUGGAAAAAACAUUACCCAGUGGUCCUAAAAUAAUAUGGAACAGCAAGAAUUAAAUGUUCCUCUUUGUAAAUGUAUGUAAUAAAAUUUGCUUUUUCUCAUCUGUA